AUGGAUGAGAGUCCACUGCAAGUUCUGACUCUACCCACAGCCCCUUACCUAGACCAGAGACCAGGGACUAGUGGUCUGAGGAAGAAGGUGUUCGUCUUCCUGUCCAAAAGGAACUACCUUCAGAACUUUGUCCAGAGUAUAUAUUCCUCCAUCGAUCUGCGAGACCGCCAGGGGUCCACGAUGGUAGUCGGGGGAGAUGGACGCUACUUCAAUCAAACAGCCAUCGAGGUCAUUGUUCAGAUGGCAGCUGCGAACGGGGUCAGUGUCACCUGUCACUGUAACCUGCCACUAUGUGGACGACUGUGUAUCAACUGUUCCAAGUCACCUAUUGACGGGGUUACCUAUCUGACGCCACGUGGCCUAUCCAGGGCAUGCAAACAUUAGCAAUGGAUUAAAGGUGUCUGAAAAUAUGCCAGGACAAAAUUAACAAAUUGUUUUAUAUAUUUUAAUCACAUAAUGUUUUAAGAAAGACCGUCUACAUAUGCCACAUUUAUUACAUUUGUUGAAUCCUUAUUCUAAGUGGGUCUGGAAAGCAAACUUUCUUAACUGAGGACUCACUGUCUUGAAAUAGAUGUGUAUUUAAACUAGCUUUGUUGUUGUCCCAUUGCCAGCACUUAUGUGGCCCUGAAGUGCUGAGUCUUAAAUUAGAGAGCCUCUGAUGCAUUCACAGAUGGGGGGGGGGGAUUAAAGGGGAGUUAUAAAUUAUGACACCUGCACUUAAUGUGACUGUAGUAUAUUUAAUGUGACUGUAGUAUACUUAAUGUGACUGUAGUAUAUUUAAUGUGUUUCUACCACAAUGACUGUAGUAUAUUUAAUGAGUUACUACUACAGUGACUGUAGUAGAUUCAAUGUGUUUCUGCCACAAUAACUGUAGUAUACUUAGGUUGGCUAAGUAUAACCACCAGCAACCAUAGCCUAUGGACUUCUCAUGUUAAAAUCCAGAAGUGAAUAUUGAAUAAAAUGUAAUCUAUACCAUCCACAUUCAGUCAUAAAAUGUGUACAACUCCAAGCCAUAGUGACUUUUUUCAAAAACUAAAAUGUGCGACCACAACAGAGAUACUAAUCUGAAAGUCCACUUUAAGACACCGCUGCCAAAACACACACACACACACCUGACCUGUGUCAUCUUGGCAGGUCGGCCGGCUCGUGAUUGGUCAUCACGGGAUCAUGUCCACUCCUGCGGUUUCCUGUGUGAUCAGGAAGUACAAGGCCAUCGGCGGUAUCGUCCUCACAGCCAGUCACAACCCCGGGGGACCCAACGGAGACUUUGGCAUCAAGUUCAACACUGCUAAUGGAGGUACUGUAACUAGAGAAUAAGGGACAGGAGGAAAGGAUGUUAGCCAAGAGUGUUACAAGAUAAGAUAGAGACAUUUCCCACAAGUAUCAUGCUCAGUGAUGCAGAUAUUUGACACUUUUGAUACAAUGUCAUUCUAUAUCAAUAAUUGGUGACUUCACCAGCACAAUUUAAUAGACUAGAGCAGCACAAUUAAGAUCAACACAAAUGAGUGCCCUUGUGUAACACAUGACAUGAAGUCUUGCUUCUGUUUGAACCAACCCAGGUCCAGCUCAGGAGGCGGUCACCAACAAAAUCUUCCAGAUCAGCAGAACCAUAGAGGAGUAUGCCAUCUGCCCAGAGCUCCGGGUAAACUUGGCUACCCCGGGAAAACAGAUGUUUGACCUGGAGAACAAGUUCAAACCCUUCACAGGUGAGCACAAACACAUCGCUCAUAAACCUGGCAAGAGUUCUAGAGAAGUAGACAUGUACCUGAUGUUUGAAUAGAAGGAAAUAAACUGAAUUCCUUGUUGGCAGUUUUAGAGUAGGCAAUAGAAUACUUAGGCUAGAAUUCAAUAAAACCUGCUCUAUAGAAAAACGAAUAAAACCAUGACAUUCCAUGUUUGCAGUGCAAGAUCAAUGUGACUUUUUAACAGCAUAGGUUCUGGUUUGAUUGAAUCUGGCCACAGAACAUUGCCCCUAUCUUCAUUAUUUGAACUGUUUCCCUACUUUGUUUUCUGAGAUGGGCAACUGAAGGGAUUCUUUGUCUUCUCACAGUGGAGAUAGUGGACUCGGUGGAGUCUUAUGCCAACAUGCUGAGGAACAUCUUUGACUUUGCCGCACUGAAGGAGCUGUUGUCUGGGGAGAACCACAUCAAUAUCCGUCUAGACGCCAUGCAUGGAGGUUAGUAAUCUAUCGUGCCAGACUUUCCAGCUACAACGUGUAGUUGGAGUAUAUGCAGUAUUUACAGACCCACUCGCCUGGCUCUGUAAGAUUAGGAGGUAAGAAGAAGGCUGCUCUAUUCAGAUGUACAGUACAGAACAUAUAGCGCAGAUUUUUUUGUUGUUGUUGUUGUUUUUUAUUUAACCUUUAUUUAACUAGGCAAGUCAGUUAAGAACAAAUUCUUAUUUACAAUGACGGCCUACCCCGGCCAAACCCGGACAACGUUGAUAUCCAGAUGUUGAUAUCCAGUUUAGGUUUAAUCUAAUCUCACACAGUGCCACCGUAAAGAUGAGCAGAGCAGAAUUUGUGAGAGCAGCAGCCCAGUUGAGAAUUCAGCUGUUGUAUCCAACUAUCCGUUACAUGAUCCAGUCUUUCAGGAGAGAGGGGGGUUACAGAAACUGUCUGCUACAACCUCUCAACUCAAGCUGUUCCUAGAACCAUUUCCAGGAGCUCCCCAGUGAUAACAUUUACACUUAUCCAGAGCAAUUAGGGUUAAGUGCAUUGCUCAAGGGAACAUUGACAGAUUUUCACCCAGUCGGCUCAGGGAUUUGAACCAGCAACACUCUUAACCGCUAGGCUAUCUGCCACCCCGCUGAACACCAGUGAUAACACUGAAACCAAAGGCUGGACCCCCCCUUUGCACAGGAAAGCAGGUGUCUUUCGAUUGCAGAAGAUCUUGACAUUAAUGGAAUUUUAACAAGGUUCCACGUUCAUGCCUGCUCCCUCUCUCUCCAAGAUGAAGUUCAUGCUUAUGUGGCUUUGAGCAAUCGGGAGGUCAACACAAGGAUGUGGCCUUGUUAAUCUGACUUCAAAGCUUCUGAAAAUGAGAGAUCAAAGUUAUGAUUAUGAUGAGUAAUUGGAUAUUCUGGUAUCUAAAAUGUAGGUUAACGGUGGUGCACUUGGCAAAUGUUUUCACGGGACUGGGGUAAGGGUCAAAUAAUCCAUGAAGAAAAAGGAUAGUAUUUCAGCUGUCUAUUCAUAUUUCCUUCCAAUUCUUAACAAUCUCUCUCAUUAUGGUUUACCAAAUGUCUCCAUCGCAGUCAUUCUAUCACUAUGAAACCCUCAAAGUCUUUGCCAAGUCUUCACCCUAACCCUCACUCCCUAUCCAAUAACCCACAGAACCCGACCCAGUUUCUCUGAACUUCUCUCUCAAAGACUGAGAGAUUUCUCUAAUGCUAGUCUCUUUCAACAGCCACAGUUGGGUACUGGAGAUGACUCUAAUUCAAAUUAUGUAAUUCUCUACUUCUCUAAUCCUGUCCCUUAAUACCUCUGUCCAUGGCACUUGUCCCAUCAACCUGUUCAUCAUUAAACUCUAUCCCUCCCUCCCUCCCUCCCUCCCUCCCUCCCUCCCUCCCUCCCUCCCUCCCUCCCUCCCUCCCUCCCUCCCUCCAUCCCUCCCUCCCUCCCUCCCUCCCUCCCUCCCUCUCUCCUUCCCUGUGUACCUCUGUUUAAUCCUCAGUGGUAGGUCCCUAUGUGAAGAGGAUACUGUGUGAAGAGCUGGGCUCUCCUGCUAACUCCGCCAUUAACUGUGUCCCCUUGCAAGACUUUGGGGGUCAGCACCCUGACCCCAACCUCACCUAUGCAGCCGACCUGGUUGAGACCAUGAAGAGUGGCCAGCACGAUUUUGGAGCUGCCUUUGAUGGUGACGGAGUGAGUGUUCAAUCAACCAAUAAUUGAACAGUAUUUUUAAUAAUGAUCACCAUUGUAAGUAAUUAUCUUUAAUUCGUGAAUUUGUCAUUUAUAUAUUUUAUAUAUAUAUAUAUCAAAGUGGCAAAUGUUUGGCAAAUUCAAAGCAUCCAACCCCAAACCUUAAAGAUUUACACUAGGCUAAGCUGACACAACAACUGCGAAUCUACUGAUACACUAUAUUUAUUUAUCUUAGUCAUAUUUCAUCCAAGACUAUUUCUAAAAGGAAAUGUUAAAAUAGUACCCAUCAAGGUACAAUAAACAUCAGUGACGUUCUUUACGCAUCCCAGACAGGCUGAAGACUUCAAUCCCAACUUUAAGGUUUGGGGUUGGAUGCUUUGAAUUGUAUUUAGAUGUUGCCAACACCCUCUGACCUCUAACCUCUGUCUGGUUUCCUAGGACCGUAACAUGAUCCUGGGUAAGCAUGGCUUUUUCGUCAACCCCUCAGACUCUGUGGCUGUCAUCGCUGCCAAUGUCUUCAGCAUCCCCUACUUCCAGCACACAGGGGUGAGAGGUUACGCCCGCAGUAUGCCCACCAGCGCUGCUCUGGACAAGUAAGGCCUUAUAAUAAUUACAUUCAAUUAUAUAAUAAAUAAUUGCAUUAUAAUAAUAAGUAUUGGCAUUAUCCAAUGAGACAUUUUUUAUUUAAAUAAAAAGUAAUUUAAAUGUAAAUAAAAAUAAUGAUUUAAAAAAACAAUUUUAAAAAACAAUAAUAUUUUUUAAUUUAAAUAAAAAUAUUUUAAAUUUACGUAAUGCAUUAUAAUAAUUAAAUUAAAUUAUAUAAUAAAUAAUUACAUUAUAAUAAUAAGUGUUGGCACUAUCCAAUGAGAAAAUGUGACAUUGACCAUUACUGCAUUUCAUCCUGUCUCAAUGAAUGAAUGAAUAACAAACUUGUGGACACUGUAAGGUUGAAUGUACAGAAUGAUCAUAAACCGUAAUCAUGUAAGAUCACCAAAAUAACAAAAUGACUAUAUCCCCCUAUUUCUCCGUAUUUCGUAGUGUGGCCAGAGCAACAAAGAUUGAACUCUACGAGACCCCCACGGGGUGGAAGUUCUUUGGCAACCUGAUGGACGCAGGCAGGCUGUCCCUGUGCGGAGAAGAGAGUUUCGGCACAGGUAGCUCAUCAGUGAGUCCAAAUGUCAGGAACUAGUUACAAGAAAAGGUGGCUAACACCACAAUAACCUCAAGCAAACCUAUACUGUUUCUAUCAUUUCAGGUGCUGACCAUAUCCGUGAGAAGGAUGGACUUUGGGCCGUGCUGGCAUGGCUGUCCAUCCUGGCAGCGAGGAAGCAGAGUGUGGAGGACAUCAUGAAGGACCACUGGCAGAAGUUUGGCAGAAACUUCUUUACCAGGUGAGCAAUGGACAGUGUGAAUCACAAAGCAUAUAAUUGGAGAACAUAUUUCUGAAUCCCCACAGACUUUCUCAGGGCCAGGGAGUUGUAGAAGGGCAGGCUAGUGCUGAAGUCUGAGUGAAACCUUGAGUUGUAUAGCAAGCUGGAAAUUAAGUCAAAGACACACUAUGCCUGGAAAGCAAAGUGCCUUGCAGCCAAUAGCCUGUUCCUGCUUGAACAAAUUACAAAAGAGUUGGCUGCAGAAACAAAGAGGCACGCGAGCAAUGCAGCCAAAGCUCCUGGUUUCAUCUUCUGCUGUGCUGUCUUGGGCAGGUAUGACUAUGAGGAAGUCGACCUGGAUACAGCCGUUCAGAUGAUGGAGGAUCUGGAGCUGAUGAUGCUGGAGAAGGGCUUCGUAGGCCAGAGGUUCGCUGUGGGGGAGAAGCUCUACCAGGUGGAGAGGGCCGACAACUUUGAAUACACUGACCCCGUAGAUGGGCGCAUCUCCAGAAACCAGGUGGGGAAUUGGGGUGGCUGUUUCGGCGUGCUCACUGAACAGGACAUGCAUGUCACUUUGGAUUAAUUGGAUAUAAGGAUGAUAUCAACUUCUGUAGCUACUGUAGGAGUCUCCAAUACUUUAUUUAACUGGCUAAUCUCCUCUCUCUAUCUGCAGGGCCUGAGGAUAAUAUUGACAGACGGCUCCCGGGUCAUCUACAGGCUCAGUGGAACAGGGAGUACGGGGGCGACAGUUCGGGUCUACAUCGACAGCUACGAGACAGACCCCAACAAGAUCUUCCAGGAUCCACAGGUAAGUCUUACAUCAGACAAAGGAUGAUUCAGAGAUUAGAUCUCACUGACCAAACGGUGAUGUUUCUAAGAAUAUCAUCAUAGAACAUGUGCAUGUAGCUACAUACUAGUGUAUAACCUAAUGUCUGUGUGUGUGUGUGUGUGUGUGUGUGUGUGUGUGUGUGUGUGUGUGUGUGUGUGUGUGUGUGUGUGUGUGUGUGUGUGUGUGUGUGUGUGUGUGUGUGUGUGUGUGUGUGUGUGUGUGUGUGUGUGCCAGGUGAUGUUGGCCCCCCUGGUUACCAUAGCCCUGAAGGUCUCACAGCUUCAUGAGAGGACAGGCCGCAGUGGCCCAUCAGUCAUCACAUGAUUGUCCCUUACCACCCCUUGCCCCUUCCUAAUAAAAUACUCAAACUACACUGUCUAUCCCCCAUCCUACCAUCACUUAGAUGGCCCUUUCACCCUCUAUCAAAAGCAUCUUUGUUCGAUUUUGUACUUUCAGAUUACCCCCAAUUCAAAACACUCACCACUCAGCUUCAAAUUGAGCAAGAGUGAAUUGUACCAAAAAUAAAACAUGAUCAACUUCGUA